AGAUUGAGGAGGUGGGACCAUUCUCGAUCGAGUUGAUGACUUGAUUAGCAUACGAUGUCACUCUCGUCCAUAGCGCUGGAGAAAAUGGGCCAGAAGAAAUCUAUUGUCAAGACUGCAACAAUCUCAACUAUCAAUAUUGGUUUAGAAGACUUCCCAGAAACUAAGUCUUUGGAGGAACUUCAAUACAGCUGCUCGCAUCGACCUUUACGUCGGCUUAGCGGUUCUAUGCAUUCCAAUAUGCCAGCCACGUCUAAAGCACCCCCACGACACACCAUCCAAAUCAACAAAUCAUCCUCUUCUUCUGAAGUCAAUAGCAGAAAUGUGUCUGCGCGAUGUUCCAAUCCUGUAUUCUACUCUCUUGUUAACAAGGGGAAGAAAUUCCCCUUGGACAACUUAGCAAGAACCCCAAAUCGCGAUAUCAGUACGUCUGAAGCACCAUCUCGACAGGCAACACCAGCACGCGCACAGAAGCAAAGACCGAGUACAGCAGGGGCUAGCUGUGAGAAAUCAUCUGAGAGAAAGUGUGAAAUGUUUUCUGAGCGGCACAGCUCGUGUGAACUGUAUGAGAACUCGGGAGGCGACAGAAAGCCCACUUGUCCACCUCUGACUAGGAAGUUGUUUUCUGGCGGUAGCCCAGCCCCGCUGCAGAUUCCGUCACGGCAGGUGAGGCUAAAUAAUGAGAUUGAACUCAGCCCCCUCAGCAUGCAGGAUAUGAGUGAGGGUUUGAACAAGAUAGAGGAACUGAUCUUCCCCUUAAAAGCACAAGAAGUCGUCAUGAGGGAAAACAUGGCGUUCGAGGUCUCCCCGAUGCUCUCUUCAAGUUUUGCAGAGCUAGAGGAUGGUGCCAUGAAACCAUUAUACAUGGCUCCGCUAAGAACAUUAGAUACUAAGAAUAGCGAUAGCGAGCUAGAAAUCCAAAAGAAUUUGACAGGGGAUUGCUGUCGUCAUCGACGGGCAAAAAGCACUACGAAGGGUAGGAGAAGAAAAGAUAGACCCAUGUCGUGUUUCGAGAGGUCCCAAGGAAACGACAACGAGGUGAAAUUUAAGGAAGGGGUUACUCGAAGAUGGAGAAAUGUCGAGUCCUCGAGUAGAUCUUUACCAUUGGAUGGCGAUUGCAACGAUACUGAUAGUGCUGAAUCCACUGAGGGGGGCGGAGAAGAGCAGUUAGUUCGCAGAAGAUGGCCCAAAAUUCCUCAGUUCUUCUCGAGCUCCGCCAGGUCCCCGACAAGUGCUCAGCACUCUGUAUCUGAAUCAGAGUCGUCAUUUAUAGAGACUCAAGGUAUACCUACACAAGCUGAAGCCGAUGUAGAAUCUGCUGUAGGGGAACAGGGAGACAUUUCAAGCAAGCCUGAAAGCAGGUUCAUGAAUAAAUUGGUGAAUUCAAGGUGGUCCAGAUUGGAGGAAAGUAAUCCUACAAGCGACAGAACCACUGGACACGAAUCUGUCACCAACAUGGAGCCGAGAGAAGGAAGCAGAAGGUCUCAAGAAUGCGUGUUCAAUGAGAAGAGGUACGAAGGGUUCGAGGAAGAAAAUGAAGUUCUCUCCAAAAUUGCGCCUCACGAUGGACUGGAUCAAGAGAUUGAGAAUGUAGCGUGUACCUCUCUACCCUCGAAAGAGUCGCAAAUCUUCAGCCCACAUAACUUUGGAAAGAAUAUCACAAUGAUUGUCCUUCCCACAUCUAUCAUCUCUUGUGGGCAAACCACCAGUGCAACCAGGUCACCAAGGAACACCCAACAACGAUCAUCGCAAUCCAGCGGGGGCCAACUGCUUAUCCCCACCAAGGAAGCGCAAGAUCACACCUUCAACUCAAGCAAAGUAGGGACAAUACAGCAAGAGGACGACCAAGAUCAUGAACCUGAAGUAAACCCAGUCUCUAUCGUGGAAGUUGCAUCCCCACAAAUCAAGAAACAAAUUCUGGCAAAUUUUUUGGAGAAUGUAUCACCGCAGAAACAAUUGUCCUAUUAUGAAGACUCUGAAUCCAUUGCAUCCGAGAGCGCAGACGAGAAACAUGUCGACUCCAGCAUCGCCCACCAUCAAGAUGAUUUAGAAGCUGAAGCACGAGCUAGCAAUGAUAUCGGAUGCUACAAUGAUCGAACUAACCAUGCUUCUCUUGAGAAGUAUGCACAAAGGAGCAUUGAUGUGGAGGACAAGGCUCCCACUAGUAUGGCAAUGCAAGCUAGCAAACCUGAUGAAAAAUACAUGCACGCAUCGUUGUCUACGGAGAAAUUGAGCAGUAUUUUAUCAUAUCUUGGUCAGGUAGAGGAGUCCAAUCGGCAAGAGAUUUGUGGUGUUGCAAAAGAGAGAGGAAGUAUAAAAGGAACUUACUUCCACAACCCUAGGGAGAAUGCCUCACCAAAAGCUGUGUUAGAGCACACUGAGGAUGCAUUUUCCCUCACAUGCUCGUCACAAACACCAAAUUCUGGUUUCUAUUCAGCAGCAGAAGUUGGUGGGGAAUUCAGAAUCGAUGAUAGCAAUCCCGCUGUUGGUGCUUCCACCGUUUUCGACGCGGUUAGGAAGAAGGUGCAGGAGCUUAAGCUUGAGAUCGCUGAGCACGAAACUAAGAUCGCCCAGUUAAAAUCUGACAAUGAGAAGCUUAUCCGAGACAGGGAGAAACAUAUGCACAUGGAAAGAGAGAAGUAUAAUAAAGAGCUAGAGAAUCAAGCGGCAGAGUACAAAUUGGUCAUCCAGCAUCACUUGUCGGUGAACGAGAAGAUGCUGCGGGAUAAAGAACAACUUUCCGAAAAGUGUUGUAAUCUUGCUGGAAUACUCUCCAUUGCCGAAUCUAAGUUUGAUGAAAAGGUGAAACAACUCUCCGAGCACUGGUCUCGAGAGAUGAAGAAGGCCAAGGAUCUCUGGGCUGUCGGAGAAAAACAAAGGCAGAAACAAUGGCAAUUAAAGAAAAUUAAAGAACUGAAGGAGACCGCCAUUCGGGGUCUGGAGCCGCACCUCGACAAUCUCAAUGAUAAACACAGGCAAGAAAUUGCAAAGCUUGAGUCUAGAUUUGCUGGGGAUUUGCAAAGUCAGCUGGAUUCACAGAACGUGGAUCAUCGACGCCAAAUAUGCGAAUUGCGAGACCAACUGCUGCAGGAUAGAGAUAAGAUGCUAGAUAACGAGCGCCUGGCUGCGCAUGCUCGAAUGGCGGAAGUUGCUGAGAAGUUUGAACAACAAGCUAUUCAGCAACGAUUGCGAGUUGCCUCUGAGAUAACAGCUCAACUUGAACGGUCUGAGGCAGGACGUCGGGAGGAUAAACAAUAUUCCCAGGAACUUUUUGCUCGACUUCAAAAGGAGGCUUCCGAAAGGGAGGAGACAUUAAGGAAGGAGAUGGAAAAGAAAGUUGAAGAAAUGUCAACUAAGAAGGACUGUCACAUAGAGCAAUUGAAAUCCCAAAUGGUCGCAACAACUCGCCAAUUUCAACAACAGAUCAACGAUCGUGUCACUGAAGGAAUGAGAGGCAGAGAGAAGGAGCUGCGAGUCAAGUUGACGAAAGAACGAGAUGAGCAGAUCGAAUUAGUCAUCGAACGACUCGAGACUGAGAAGGAAGAGUUGAUAAAACAAAACACGAAGGAGGUGGCGGCGAAGGUUAACGAAAUUCAUGCAGAGAAACGUGAGGUUGAACAAGAGUUGAAGGACUUCAAGUCCAAACUGACAGAGCUCAGUAAUGCAGUACUUUUGCGCAAAUCGGAAGCGGAAAUGGAGCUCGCAGAAGCAUGGCAAAAAAUCCAGUCAUUGCGUGGGGAGAUACAAGACCAAGCUCGUGUGAAUGAUGAGCUUCGUCAUCAGGCUUCACUGCAAGAGGCCAAGCUGAAGAGUCAAGAAGAAGCUUAUGAGGAGAGUCUAAAGGAGGAGAAGACACGAUUCCAGCAAAUAAUAGAAGACUUGAGCCAUAGCAACUCCAAGGCUGACGAACUUCGCGCUCGCAAGGUUCUUCUAACUGCACACAAUAUUAUGGCUGAAGAAUUAGCGGAAGUUGAAGCCCGAGUGCGACAAGCAAUAGUGAAGAAGGACGUUGUAAUUGCAAACUUACGAGAACAACUAGUGUCAGCACACAUUCACAUAAAGAAUACUGAGUUUCUUCUUCAGCGAGAACAUAAUGCACUCAUCUCAGAGUCUUCGACUUCUAUGAAAGCAUUAGACGAGAAAUGCAACCCAUGAAACAAUUAUUACUACCAUGUCAUCUUUGAGCACAACAAACAUUAAAAAAUACAGAAGAUUUAACUAGUAGAAACCUCUCUACUCUUACUGUUGCAUAGACUACAGGCUAUCUAACCAGAUACAAUUUACCUCCAUUUAUCCAUAAGUAAGUUCUACUGUACACCACCAGAUACUGAAUUCUCCGAAAGCAACGUUAUAAUCAAAUCCUUGAUUUGUUUACGAAAAGUAGUAAUUUUGUGGAAAUCCCACCUAUUGAGGCAAUGUUCUUGAAAAACUUAUAAUACCUACAAGCAACUUAAUGUACCAGAAACAUUAUUUUUUGAAAAAACCCAUAAUGUAUUCUAUGUGGCCUAAGAUGCAAUGUUGGCGUCUUUGGUGGGACUUUAAAGAUAAGUUCAACAAAAUAAGUUUUACCCAAUAUUGCUACAAAUUCCACUACAUUGUUACAUUUGAUUGAGUUAACCAUAUAGUUUGUAAGAUUGAAAUAAGAUUCAAAGGCUCAACCAAUUACUAAUUCAAUCUUAGUUAUAAGAAAGCAAAAGUCAGCAAAAGAAACUUUUAGUCUAAUUUGAAACCCUCUCAUAACACCAGGCACAAAACGAUAAAAACAAACAAACAAACCCAAUCCAGUCUCUCAGCGUCGUGUUGAUGUGAUCGCCAUGUGCUUGUGGAUCGCCGUUCACAACGCAGUCUAAAGCACAAGCAAACGAAGAAGAACCAUGGCAUCAAAUGGGUCCACCAAGCAGAGGAGCAACGCCAUCGCUGAGGAUUUGUUGGACCUGCAGGAAGUGGAGGAGGAAGUCAUCUACUUGAUCAGCAUCAGGAGAGCCUUCCACUGCUGUUUGUCCAGGAUCAGCUCGUUCGGGUGCGAGAUCCACACCAGCAGUGAGGCGUUCAUCUCAUCCUGGAGGGAUUCGUGACCACCGCCGAAGUCUUAACUCAACAGGUUCUAGAACCUGCGGAGGAUCAUCGAGGACCACAACAAAUCUCCCAUCAUGUUGCAUAGCAGCAGCAGGUUCAUGAGAGAUCGACGAUAUCAUUAACGGGGUGACAAGUUUCUCAUUUUUCAAGUUUCGGGAAGGAGUCCCUGGAAGUGGAGGACUAGUC